CUGUGAGCAGGUUCUCUGUUUCUCUCAGUGCCGUCCUGUCCGCUGUAAGGAGCAUAGCUGAAGGCUGAGUCUCAGUUCUACCCAACAUUCCUGAGGAUCACCACUGAGGCUGUGAAUUAAACCAUAGGCUUAACAUGACUGCCAGGGAUUCAGGGGACUCCUAGGAGGGGCGAGUUGAAUUCAAGGACACAGCAGAUUGCUGAGAACAGCAAUUUCUAAUCAACUCACAGCAUGGAGACAGCAAAUUAUGACAAGAGAACCAGGAAUGAAAAUAUUUUGAACUGCUUGUAUCGAAAGCCCAAUGCAGUUUUUAGGCUGAUUUGCUUUCCCUGGGCUGGAGGCGGCUCUGCUCAUUUUGCCAAGUGGGGUCAAACAAUUAAUGACUCACUGGAAGUUCAUGCUGUAAGGCUGGCUGGAAGAGAAACUCGACUUCAUGAACCUUUUGCAAGCGACAUCUACCAGAUAGCUGAUGAGAUUGUAUCUGCUCUGCUCCCCAUCAUCCAGGAUAAAGCGUUUGCAUUUUUUGGCCACAGUUUGGGAUCCUACAUUGCCUUUCUGACCGCACUGCGCCUCAAGGAGAAACACAAAAUGGAGCCGCUGCACUUAUUUGUGUCCAGUGCAUACGCCCCCCACUCAAAAUCCCGGCCUCAAGUUCCUGAAAUUAACAAACUGUCAGAAGAACAAAUCAGAUACUUCCUUAAGAAUUUUGGAGGCACCCCCAAGCAUCUCAUAGAUGACAAGGAUUUUCUCAAUCAGUGCAUUCCCAUUCUGAAGGCAGAUGUUAUCGUUUUGAAAAACUUCGUCUUCGACACACCCUCAGAAGCCCUUCUUUCUCGGGACAUAACAUGUUUUAUUGGAUCUGAAGAUACGGUAACGGACAUAGAAGGCUGGGAAGACAUAACCAGUGGGAAGACUGAUGUCCACACGCUGCCAGGUGAUCACUUUUAUCUGUUUGAACCCAACAACGAGAAAUUCAUCAAGAACUACAUAACCAGGUGUCUGGAGCUGUCGUCACUUGAUUGCUUUUAGAUGGGCUUUCUUCGGUCUUUCCAACGUGCAAACGGAUCACAAGCUGUGAUCAUGGGGUCAUGGAGAUGUAGCUCUUUAUUUUUCAGAGACCAGAAAGAUGCAUAUUAACGAAUGUCUUCAUGGAACAUUUCUUUAUCUGGGGAAGAGACGAAUGCUAAAAGCCAGGGAGGCAGAGGAGCUAUUGUAGUUGAUAGGUGCAGCAGGGAGAGGGUUUUUUUUGGGGGGGGUGGGAUGUCACCACUAGUAUGUUACUCAUGCUCCAGUGAAUGCCACUGCACACUUGUGGCACAUGUAGGCAGCAGUAAUUGGACUUAGUGAGCUAUUUAAAAAGAAGAAGAAGAAGAUGAGAAGAGGGUAAAAAGUUGGGAGGGGCACAUGGUGGAGGACGUCUGUCAGGGGGGUUGGAAAGGCAAGUGAGGGGUGGAUGUGAUCAAAACAUAAUGUAUACAUUUAGGAGAAUUUCAAAGGAUAAAUAAAAAUAUUGUUAAA